AUGAAGGGCUCUAGCAUAUGCGAAACGAGGGACAAGGCAGUACUCAAGGCUAUGAUGAAGCACGACAAGAUCUGUUUAUGCGGUGCUUUUGAGUUUGCUCAGCAGGAAGAGAACACUCCGAUACCAUCCAAGACUUCUACAUCGUCUGGAACUCCUACAUCAUCCAAAACCCCUACGUCUUCGAAGGCGCACGCAUCUCCAAAAACUCAAGCACCAAUCAAGACCCAUAAGUCUUCAAAGACUGCUAUGUCGACUAAAGUCCCUAGACCUUCCCAAACUCCCAAAUCUAAGGCUCCUGCCGAGAUCCCUAAGUACACGACGAAGCAUCUCUUGCAUUAUCAAAAGGAUCCAUUCGAAAACGAGUCCGACUAUGACGAAAACAUCUUUGAAGGCAUACCUCGCAGAUUCUGA